AAGACAAACAUUACAUUUUUAUCAUCGUUAAGUAAACGAAUGCAAUCUGUCAACAGUAGGUCUGUACUAAGCAAACAUGAAUCCAUACUAUGUUGAGUAACUAAUGCAAACACAGCGACGAGCCGGUGGGUUCUAGCGGGCUAGUAGUGUUGGUACCAUCACACCAUGCUACUUCUAUCCAUGUUUGUUUUCCACACCCACAUCUAGCAAAUUGAAUCUAGCAUCUUGGCAUUGUGAUUGCUCUCUAGAGCAGACCGAAUGAGCGAAGGGGGCGUAAUGGGAAUGAAUGCGCGCAAUGAAUGGCGAAUCAAAAACAAACGUCUCGUCCCGACUGUGGGAGAUCAGUCUCUGUCGAUCUGUGGUGGCGUUCGUUCAACUCGUGGUGCACGCGCAUGGAAAUCAGCUUGCGUAAACAGCAGAGUGAGAACAAACCAUCGCAAGCGGUUUCGGUUGUGUGUAUUGGCAAAUUUGAAUUUGAAGCCGGUCAGCAUAUUUUUGUUUUCGGGAAUAACUUGGCUCGACGCUUUUUUUUAAUUCGUCAUGUCUAAACCCGAACUAUACUAUGAUCCCAACAGUCCACCGGUCCGAAGUGUCCUACUCGCCCUAGCAGCCUUGGGAAUCAACGACCAAGUGGAUCUCAAACUGGUUCGUCUAUUCCAGCGAGAACAUUUGAACGAAGCUUUUGUCAAACUCAACCCCCUUCACAAGGUACCGGUAUGGAAACACGGUGACCUCGUCCUGACGGACAGCCACGCCAUCCUGAUGUACCUUUGCGACGUCUACGGACAGGAGAGUGAAUUUUCGCUAAACGAUCCAAAGAAACGUGCCCUAGUCAACAAUCGAUUGUGCUUCAACAAUUCCGUGCUGUUCCAACGAGAGUCAUCGCUCAUGGUUAAAAUAUUCCAUCGGCAGAUAGCGGAAGUCACGGAGGAUCAUCUUAAGCCUCUAGAAGAAGUGGUCGGAUAUUUGGAAACGUAUUUGGCAAGCUCGAAGUUUGUCGCAUGUGAUGAGCUGACUGUGGCGGAUUUUUCGAUCGUUGCCAUCCUGAGCACGAUGGAAACGAUUUGUCCAAUACCGGCUAGUCGAUGGCCAAAGGUGGCCGCAUGGUAUGAGACAAUGAAACAGUUGCCCUACUAUCACGAAGCUAAUCAGACCGGCCUGGAUAAGCUGAAGGCCAAAUUGAACGUAGUGUUGAGUAAAUAAAUGAUUUCAGUGGCUUUAUUAAGUGAAAGAGGCUAACA